AUGAGUGGUGUUAUUGGUGAUGUCUGCACAAAUUAUACCACUCUGUCUGACCCAUGGCGUAACAUUGGCUUCAGUUUCUCCUCAAACCUUGGCUGGCCAACGAGUGACAUUAAAUUGGUGAAUGGGUGGUAUCGUUUCACUGGUAUUGCUGGAGACAAGAAUGAUGGCCUCAAGACUGAGAACUCGAUUGUGGAGGAGGAGUUAUCCUCUACUAUCUGGAACCAAGCAAUGGAACUUACAUUACACGCCAUUCAUCCUGCAGUGCAUCUUCCUGUGGUGAGUAUGCUCAGUGUAAUCCUGUGGAUGGUAGCUGUGGAUGCAAUUCUGGACUCUCCAUACCUGAUGGAUUCCUGCCAACAAGGGACUCUUAUGGAUGUACAGGUCAUGAUCUACAUUCUGACUACAAUACAAAAUUCUACAAACCUUUUGGACAGUGCAUUUACUACACCAAGUAAGCGGGCAUGCUAUGGGAACUCUAUCCUUAAAGCCACUGAGAAUUUGGUGUCAAUAAUGGUGAGAAACAUCAAAACAGACACCAACUACUCCACCAGCAUCAUUCUCCCAACUUUAGACAUUGGAGUAUUUGUGGUUGGACCAGAUACUACACUGACAAAAAUCCCCCAACUCAACACAAGCACUGCUUUCUUGGAUAUUGACCUCAUUGCAAUUUCAAAGCAUAACAAUGGAUCAGCUGAUGUGGUUUUCAUGAGCUACACCAACAUGUCAAGUAUGCUGAAACCUGACAAAAAUACCAGCUUAGUGAAAACCAUGAUGUCCAUUGUGGAGUAUCAGAAUGGUUGUAACACAUCCUGUGUAGCCUGGAAAGACACUAAAUGGGUUGAGGGUUCUUGUAACAUCAUCCAGAAGAAUGACAGUUACACAGUGUGCUCUUCUGUCCAACCAGGGACCUUCGCUCUCCUCAUGCAAAUAGAUGACUCAAAGGUAAGAGACUAAAAGUUUAGUAUUGAUGGUCCCUCUAUGGUGUUACUAUAUACUAUUGCUGAGCCAGUAGGACUGGUGUUCCUGAGCUUGGCUUUUUUGAGCCUUGUCCUUUGUCAAAGGCAUGAAAGAAUGACCAAAAUCUCUCUGAUCAACCUGUGUAUAAGCCUAUUUCUAGCUCAUCUCCUUUUCCUCAUCACACAACAAUUCCUGCAGGACAUACAUCCUAACAAGCUGUUGUGUGCUGCAUUAGCAGGUGUUCUGCAAUUCCUCUUUCUCUCUUCAUUUGUGUGGAUGUUUAUACAGGCUGUGCUGCUCUUUAUAGCUGUAAAGAACCUAUCAAAGAUCAGAUCAAAGCAGGAGGAGGUGCUUAGCUGGAAAUAUCUAAUUAUACUUGGAUAUGCUAUUCCACUGACUAUAGUGGGUGUGUCGGCUGGACUGUUUCCUGAUGGAUAUGGCAAUGAAAAUUGCUGGCUUAAGAAAGAUGACAUCUGGGGUUUUCUGGGUCCUGUUUGUUUUAUUCUCACAUCAAAUGUGAUACUCUUCAUCGUUAUUGUUGUCAUCAUCACCUGCACUCUGAAGCACCAGGACAGGGAGAUUUUGCAGAACCAUAACAUUACAAAAAAGCUCAUCAAGCAAAUCAUAUUCAAAACUCUAGCCCAGUUUGUCAUCCUGGGUUGUACCUGGAUCCUGGGGUUCUUUACAAGCAGCAGUGAGGUGGUGGAGAUCCUAUUCCUGGUUCUCAACUCCCAGCAGGGCACCUUCAUCUUUCUGAUCCACUGUGUCUUCAACCAAGAGAUCAGGCAGCAGUACAAGAGGUUCCUGCUUGGUUUGUGCCUCUUCAAAAAGCCUGCUGCCAAACCAACUGACCAGAGGACACAGCAGGUUGCUUCACCUUCAUCGGUCACAGCUGGUGCUGCUGCCUUACCAGGUGGUGAUGUUUCCCACCAGGAUGAUCUCAUUGUUGUAGAAACACAUGAGGAGGCACAUGAGGAAACCACAUACCCUCUCAUCCUGGGUCCUGUGAAUGAAGAGGGCUUUGCAGUUUAG